GUCCUGACUAUGUUUUUCUUGACUUCUGAGUUUUCCUUCUUUGGUAAUGAAUUCUCUAGCUGACCUGGCUUUGACCCUUUCUUGGUUUUGGAUUUUGACUUUGGAUUGUGCUUUUGCCUGCCUGCCUCACCCCUGCAGCUCGCUGUUCAACUGCUAUUUGCCAGCCUUCAGCCCCUGACCGUGGCACUUUAACAAUGAGUGACAAGGGAGCGUGUUUCUAUAUGGAUGGCAUCAGCCACUGAGGCAAGUUCCAUUACUUAAGCCAUCUCCAACCACCACGGACAAGACGAAGGAAACUGUGAUUCAUAAACGAGGGAAACUGACGUCUGAGCCCCGAAAGAAUGAAGCCCCACUAUCCCCGAGGAACAAAAGUCACAGAUAGUGAGAGGGUGGCGAAAUGAGAGAGCUGUCAGAGGGUGAGAAGACUUUGAAUGAGGCCAACAUCCUUACAGUGAUCAUCCUGUCCCAGCUGGUGUCCCGGCGUCAGAAAUCCUCCUAUAACUACCUUCUGGCCCUGGCAGCUGCUGACAUUCUGGUGCUCUUCCUCAUUGUCUUUGUGGACUUCCUGCUGGAGGACUUCAUCCUGAGUCAGCCCCUGCCGCCUUCUCUGAACAAAGCCGUGCAGGUGCUGGAGUUCUCCUCCAUUCACACCUCCAUCUGGAUCACCGUACCCCUGACCGUCGACCGCUACAUCGCUGUCUGCCACCCACUCAAGUAUCACACGGUCUCCUACCCAGCCCGCACCCGUAAGGUCAUAGUGACAGUCUACCUCACUUGCCUGCUGACCAGCGCUCCCUAUUACUGGUGGCCAGAUCUGUGGCAGGUGGACUACAGCAGCAGUAUGGCUCACCAGGUGCUGGUGUGGGCCCACUGCGUGACUGUGUACCUGGUGCCCUGUUCCAUCUUCUUUGUCCUCAACUCCAUCAUUGUCCACAAGUUGCGCCGGCGCAGGAGCUGCUUCAGGCUGAGGGGCUACUCCACGGGCAAGACCACCGCCAUCCUCCUGACGAUCACCACUAUCUUCGCCAUCCUGUGGGCGCCCCGGGUGGUCAUGAUCCUGUACCACCUGUACGUCUCGCCCAUUGCCUCCGCCCGCGUGGUGCACCUCGUCACCGACGUGGCCAACAUGCUGGCGCUCCUCAACACCGGCAUCAACUUCUUCCUCUACUGCUUCAUCAGCAAGCGUUUCCGGGGCAUGGCAGCCGCCAUGCUGAGGGCCUUCUUCCGCUGCCAGAAGCAGCCCGUCCAGUUCUACACCAACCACAACUUCUCCAUCACCAGCAGCCCCUGGAUCUCCCCCGCCAACUCCCACUGCAUCAAGAUGCUGGUGUACCAGUACGACAAGAACGGCAAGCCCGUCCGCAUUUCCUCCUGAGAGGCGGAUAAGCACGGGGAGCUGCUGUUCCCUGGCGUCGGGCGAAGUUCCUUCUCGCUUCUGCUUCUCGGAUGAUGCGGAAGAGCAGGAUUACAGAAUCCUCGGCCAGCAAAAGCCAAGGAACAAGUCGUUGGCUUGUGAGGAGGCUGUGUGGCUGCUGCUGCUCUUGAAUUCAUGGGUUUCCCCCCCCCAGAGAAAGAUGCAGCACAAAUGGUUGUUUCGAUGUUCCUUUUUAUUAAGUGUGAAAAGGGGAUUUUGAUAUGGAGGUCGUUAUCUCUCCUACUACCGGUGGUCAACAUUUUUUUUUUUUAAGUCUUAGAGGUUCUGUCUGGCAAAGUAUCUGUAUGAGGCCAGAAGCAACAAACUUUGCAAAGACUCUCUUUUUUUUUUCAGAGGUGCAAAAAAGAAACAGUUUUUUUUUUUAAAUCUCUGCACUGUCAAACAUACGCAAAGGGAUUACACUUCACUCCUGUGUUCCCUCAUAUUCUCACAUUAGUGACAGUCAACACUUAACACGUGUCUGAUAUACUGGAGGGGACUCUGGUCCAUGAGAAUUACAAGUUCUCAAGCUUUUCAUUCCAAUUCCUUUCUCAGUUACUUAAUUGAACUAAUUAUCUACCUAAUUAUUUAGGCUUUCAGAUAUGUAUCCAUUGAUUGUAAAAACCUUUAAAACCAAAAGAACUAGGGUUUUCUGAGACCAAGGCAGGAGACAGCUUUUCAAAACAAAUACUCAUUAUAGUUCUUCAAAAAAUUGGGAUAGUUUGGACACAAAUAUCACUUUGAGGUAGUCCUUUCUUUUGCUAAAGCCUUCUAACUCUCUUAAUAUCUCUAAUGAAGUAUCUUAAAGUGAUGGCGACAGGCUACUGUACAGCAGGAAAUGUUUUUAAAAGCAAGCAAAGGAUGUUGGUUCAAACAAUAGUAAGUCCUUUCUUUCUCUACAGUCUAUUAGCACUUUAUUUCAUUGAUCUGCUCAACAAGAAGAUUUAAACAUUACAAUACAUUACAAUCUUGACUAUGAUAUAUAUCUCUCUUAUGUUUUAAUAAAUACCCAGAUAUGCUGUCAUUUACUCUGGACCACUGUUCUGGAUCUGUUUGCACAGGUUUAGAUCAGUGCAGUACUCAAGCAGUUAAAAUAGUGCCCAAUGAAAUAAAUGAACCAUACAGCAUCCUGCUUCCACACAUUUCCCACUGGAUCGACAAGAAAUGAAAAUGUACUCUCACCUCUGCAAGCCACAUGCGAAUAUCUUUAACCUUUCGCAAUCUCUCCCUUUUUGGUCACACGAAUUGAUCCUUAUCCAUAAUUUCAUUACUUUAUCCUGAAUUUGUUCAUCUGUUUGUGCUUUGUAAUCUCUUGAGAAGGCUUUAAAAUGGAUAAGGAGGUAUAAAAUGAAGGCUGAAAUAAAUGCCCUAAACCCUAAUUAAUUCAUUCAUAGCUGUUUUUAAAGAAACGUGGUGCUAGAUGUUAAUGAUGUACUGAGGUAUACUGUAUUAAGCACCUUAUGACUUUCUGCAUGUGAGAAGCUGCUGUGAGAUUGCUGAAAACUGAUCCUUUUACAGAAACAUAGGGUUUUAGAUGUGUUAUACUCUUUAAACAGUGCAGUGGAAAUUAACCCUUUAAAUAAUUAAUAACCAUCAAUCGAAAGCCAGACACAAAAUGGUCCAUAAUCCUUUAAAUUGUUCCCAAAACUCUGUCUACAGAACUGCUUCUGCAAGUCAGAAAAGAAACCUUACAGAAAGAAACAUUCCCUUUUAAGCAGCUCGGCAAAGAUCUUGAACAUCUCUGGCUCAUAAUUACGGUAAUGCCUUCUACAUUCUGGAAUCACUUGAUUCUGGUAAGUAACAGUUGUUACGGUUAUUAUGAUCAUUUAUGCUGCUAUUUUAAGAUUCCUAAUUCUCAAUCAGUGGGAUCACGCAAUGUUUGGUGAUCCAGAGCAAUCUUCAAUCUUUUCUGGAAGUAAUGAAAAAGGUUUUAGAUGGCAGUCACUCCAAAGAGGCAACACAAUGCUGAGUUAUUCUUUUUCGCCGAGUUAUUUUUUGGGGCACUAGAAAUCUGUCUGGAAAUCUUUGGUUCUUGCUUUCACAGUUUUUAAAAUGAGCCUGAACAUGUCUGUAUGGUAAAAUUAAUAACUAAUUGCCCUCCUAACCUCAGAUAUGUUUGUGUCGUCUCACCCUGUACAGCAGGAAGUGCUGUAACUGAUUUAUUGAUUGGUAGGUUUCUAUUCUUUUUUGUAUGAAUGGCUUUACAAUGGGCAAAUACAACAUUAAGGCCAAGCAGGUUGGUGAUCUGUAAACAGUAAAUAGAAAGAAUGUGUAGAAAUAACAAACUGAUGCCAAAAGACCUUGAGAACCUUUGGUAAACUAUAACAGCAAAAAAAACUAUAAUGAAACAGGGCUUGGGAGCCAGAUAGCCUGUUUAAUUAUUUUUCUCAGAGAAAUUUGGAUACAAUUUCACAUAUCGGGGCAACACAACAAUUCCUCAGACGCAAAAGCUUUGGAAAGACCUAACAAAAUCUGUUUUCUUGCCAAUGUGGAUGUGAGUCUAUGUGUUCUGAUUUGUGUGAGCUGAUUUAUGUGGUUAAUUUCUUCACAAGUGUUUCCACAGAGGUAGGAAUAAUCUCCUCCACUGCACCUUGGCCUUCUAGACAACCCCUCCACAAGUUAUCAGUUUGAGUGGUUAAUAACAAGGCGCCUUUAUUAUCUGUUUUAAAAAAUAAUAUAAUCUUCUAAAAAAGAA